UCCUCUGGCAUCCCUGAAACGAAGUGGACAAAAAUAUGUCAGAUAAUUUUCCAAACAAAUAUUUGGGUUUCUUCAGAAAAAAAAUUAUCAAUCAAGACUAAUUCGCAAACUGCAAAAAUUUAUAUUUUGAAAUGUUUUUUAGAAUAAUGAUCGUUGUUCUUUGAAGACAUUCAAAAUGACAGAUUUGCAGCAAUAGUGAAACGUCUUAGUAGUCGAUACUGUGUAAUUAUACCGUUUUUUGCAUCACCUGCAAUUCCAUGGCAAAGCGCUUUAUUCCAGUUCCCGUGAAUGUAGUGAAUUCGUCAGGCAACAAUGAGCAACUUCCAGAGACAAUCAAUGAUGUAUUUCGGUGCUUCAUAUGCAUGGAGAAAUUGCAAGAUGCCCAUCUGUGUCCCCAUUGCUCUAAGCUUUGUUGCUAUAUGUGUAUUUCUCGUUGGUUAACUGAGCAACGUCGCCAAUGUCCCCAUUGUCGUGCUACUUUGCAUGUUUCAGAAUUGGUUAAUUGUCGUUGGUUUGAAGAAGUUGCAAUUCAUAUAGAAAAUCUGCAACAAAUAUGUCAGAACAUAAAAUCCUCAAAUAUAAACCACCACGAUCAAGAUCAAUGCCUAACUCACAAAGAAAAGCUAAGUGUGUUCUGUUGGACCUGCAUGAAAUGCAUUUGUCAUCAAUGUGCACUUUGGGGAGGAACACAUUCGGGACACACCUUCAAACAAUUAGAGCUGGUAUAUGAAACUCAUUUGGCUCAGGUAAAGGAGGAACAACAACAGCUGAAAAGCCGACUUCUGGAACUAAUUAGUUUAGUGCAAGAUGUUGAACAAAAUGUGGAAACAGUUCGCAAUGCUAAAGACGAACGAGUUAGCGAAAUUAGAACCACCGUUAAUCUAAUGGUCGGAAGGUUGGACUCUCAACUGAAAGGAAAAUUACUUACACUCAUGCGACAAAAAAAUUCUUUAACUCAAGAGACUGAACAGCUAGAACACCUAUUACAGGAAAUCGAACACCAAUUGAAUACGUGCUCAAAAUCACGUUUAAUCAUGAAAUCUGCCGAUUUACUCAAGAUGAUCAAUCAAGUGCGAACGAAACCUAUGGCUAGUUAUAUAACUGCACCUGUACCUGCCGAUUUUUCGAGCGAAAUUGUACCGAUGUAUGAUACAGGGAUUUUUGUUAUGCAAAACUUCUCCAAACUACAAAAGAAAGCCGACCCAGUUUACUCUAGUCCGCUGUAUGUAAAUGGUCUGUGCUGGAGAUUGAAGGUUUAUCCAGGAGGAAACGGUGCCGUGCGCAAAGAAUAUCUCAGUGUAUUUUUGGAACUUACCGUUGGUUAUCCGGAAACUAGCAAGUAUGAAUAUAGAGUUCAAAUGAUUCAUCAAAAUUCAUCUAAAAUCAUUCAACGAGAGUUCGUUUCGGAUUUUGAAAUUGGAGAAUGUUGGGGAUACAAUCGUUUUUUUAGAUUAGAUCUGCUAGCAGAUGAAGGUUACCUAAACAUAUUGAAUGAUACUCUAGAGCUACGGUACCAAGUGAGACCUUCAACUUUUCACCAAAAAUGUCGUGAUCAACAGUGGUAUAUAAAUAAUUUACUUCGAACUCAAGCACUUCAUCUGACUGAAAUCAAGGCUUUGAACGAACGCUUGGAAUGUGCGGAACGUCUCUUUGAAAAUAGUAUCACAAGUUCAUCAUCGUCCGCUGGCGUAGAAAUGGUUAGUCGUAAAUCGCGCAGUUCAUCGAACACUUCAUUAGCUCUCAGCAAUCGAAAAGUUGACACACCUCUAGUUAAAAGUAAUUCAAAUAUGAAACAGUCAGUGAAUAAUGAAUUUACCAAGAAACUGUCCAACACGGGAAUAUCGAAUAAUAAUCAAAACUCUUCAGGUAGUAUUGCCUAUGAAAAAUGUCAGAAAAUUAGUUCUCUAUUUUACUUUCUUCCAGAUGGAUUUAAUAAACACUUAUUCCCAAUGAACACGAACUUAUGUAGUAAUAAUAAUGAUAUUCCACCAGUGUUAUCUCGAAACAAAGAAUCGAUUUCAAAAUCAACCAAUAUAACAAAGCCAAGUACCAGCUUUCCGGAUUCUUCCAAUUAUCUUCCAAUCUCCUAUUCAUCACCAAAUCUUCAAUCCAAUAACAGUACAUCUAGUCUGGAAUCAGAUGAUGAUUUUUCUUCAGAACACAAUAAGCUCAAAGAAAAUGAAAUUAUGAAGCUAACCUAUCAGGUACCCUUCGAGGAUAGUAGUUCAAUCGAAGAAAACGAUGUUGAUACUGAGGAAAUUUUAUCCGGUGAAAACGACGUCGAAUAUGCUGAACUGUCAAUGACACAGAGAAUGCCAUUAAAAUCUACCACUGCCAAAAACACCAAAAACUGUUCCAUAAAUCAUGAUACGACUCUGGUUAACAUGGAUAGGGUACUACCGAGCGAAAUAACACCUUCCAAUGCUAAUUCCUCUGAAGAUCAAGCUGUAUUAGAUGAAGAAUUAAUGUUACUUACGUUAUUUGAUGACUCUACUGAGAAUACUAAUUUGUGCGACAGUGGGACGCUCAACAACCAAACAUGUAGGUAUUCAUUUCGUCAUCCUGUUCUAUCAGCCAGUGUAUUUGAAAGUCUGCUGGAACCACCUAGUUUAAAUGCAACUCCUUUAGCUGCAAACGACAAUAACUCAACUGCAUCUAUGUCCAAUUUUACAGCUAUCACUGCCGCGAUGAUGGAAGAUGAAGAAAAUGAUACCUCAUGUGACACUCAGACUGCUCUUGAUCGCUACGAUCAUAUGUUCAACAAUGCUCAAAUCGUCGAAAAUACACCACCAAUUAAUGGUAUUUCAAAAGCGAAUAUAAUUAAUUGCCGUAACACAGAAGACAAUCUUAAAUAUCAAGAAACUAGUUGGCCAAUUACCGUUACCAGAAUAGAGAACAUAAGCGGAAUGGAACGGCCUUCAUCACAGAAUCGUGGUUAUGACUCCAUUUUAUUUCUGACUAAAAGUCGAAAACGAGAUCGAGAUUGGGACAAACGGCGUGGUAACCAACUUGAAUACAACGACAAUCAAAGCUCCUUGAACUGGAAAACCAAUCCCUACGUAUCCGCGAAUUCGAAUCUAGAAAACUCUAGUUCUAAUUCGAACGAUCGCAAAAGUUGGCUUGGUAAUGUUAAUUUGGAUGUCAACAAUUUACCUUCAACAUCGAAAGAAUUUCAUAAGAGCAUUGCGAGUGGUAACGACAUUUGGACGAAUGUAUUUUUUCCAUCAACUGCUGCUGACAUACCUACUUUAUCGUCAAGCCAACACCAAUCAUCAAUGCCUGUAAUACAAAGUGAAUUAUUUGAAACAUCAUCAACAUCAGCAUUUUCCAGUCCUACGAAUUGCUUACAACUAGAAGGAAACCGCUCUACUGAUAGUUAUUUAAACAAAUUGACAAAAACUAAAAGCAAUAUCAACAGAAGCAGAGACAUUGAUAACAACCCUGGUCGAGAACAUACUACCUGGAUCAAAAAGUUCCCGGAAUCACUACCGUAUGGCGGUCUCAGUCACCCGAUUAUAUUUUUUAGGUUGCCACAUCUGUCAUUGAUAUUCUAUCAAAUUUUCAGUCUGAUACCUGGACAUUUGUAAAAGUUACGCUGUAUUGAGUACAUCUGCGAUUGUGCGUGUCCUCGAUUUUGUACAAUUUUCAAAAUGAAAAUGAAUUUGCAAAAACGAGGUUGCCUUAAAUUUUGCGUUAAAAAUGGUUUCAGUGGUGCGACGACAUUGCAAAUGUUAGAAGAGUUUUUCGGCAACGAUACUCUGAAGAAAGCAGUCGUUUAUCACGAACGUUUCAGAAGUGACCGUGAGUCUGUGAAUGAUGAUGAGAGAGUUUUCAGUCGAAAAAGAAGGUGGUGCUCACAGUUUUCAUUGAUUACAAGGGUGUUGUGUAUCAUGAAUUUCUUCCAUAGUACCUGACCCCAACAAGGAGUAUUCACCCCGAUUCUGCAAUCCGACGGAUUUGUGUUACGAACGAAUCUACACUUUCAUUCGAGUUCGAAUUUUGCAUUUUUUAUUCCGUUCGAUUUGUAUGAUUCGAUCGUCUCUCGUUCGGGAACACUUGAAAUUUCGAACACUAACCAUCAAAGCUACUUACACGUUCUAUAUUGUUUAUAUUAUUCAUUUCUUAGUAAACGAAACCGUCACACUUGUAUAAACAAAUUAGAAAGAUUCUAAACCGAACAGAAGUAAUACGUACGCAAGUCGAUCGAGUAAUGCUCGAAAAUUUAACAACUCGAACGAAUGAUAUUCGAGUUCAUACCAAACUCGAACGGAAUGCAGAAUGGAAAUUGCACAUUCGAUCGGAAUAUUUCGAAUCGAUCGACGUACAGAACAGGGGUGAUUAUUAAGGCGUUAUGAGACGUUUGCGUUUAGCAAUUCGCCGAAAAAGACCAGGUUUGUGGGAGAACAACUCGUGGAUCUUGCACCACUAUAACGCACCGUCACACAAUGCCAUUGGUACUCGUGAACAUUUGGCUAAAAACGAAACAAACACCAUUCAGCAACAACCGAAUUCUCCUGAUUCGGCCCUCUGCGACUUUUUCAUAUUCAAUCGAUUUAAGAAACCGCUCCGUAGAACGCGUUUCAGCACCCUAUAUGAGAUUACGGAAAAAUCGCAGAUGGCUCUGAUGGCCAUACCGAAUAUAAAACCUUUUUUAAUCCACCUAGUGGUGUAAUAAUACCUUUCUCAUGCCAUAUGAAUCCUGCAGCCAGAGAUGGCAUUUCACUAGAGUGAUACACCAGGGCGUUGGUUUCAAUUAAACACUGCGGAUACAUUUGCUCCGCUCUACACAAAGAGGAAAGCGCACUUCUUCUCAGUGUCCAGACAGACAGACUUUGAGUGCGUGCUUGUGUUGAAAGAAGCUGGUGCGAGAGAAUAACAUUCUCUUCGCCCGAAUCACUCUCACGUGCUCUCGCCUAAAUACACCCAAGUGAUCACUGGCGCGUGAUGGUGAGCGAACACUUCUGUGAACUUUAAUUAAUAGAGAGCAGAUCUGGUCUUGCUAUGAAAAAUUUGCAAUGAAAACUGAAAAUUUAACGAUAAAUUGUUUUAUUUCGCUGAUUUUGCUUGCCCCACACUUCUUCUACGCAAACCAUACACCAGAGUGCUCACCGGCGUGUACACCUCUGUGAAAGUAUCUGCAUCCACCUCAGAGAAUUUAUUAGAUAAUGCUCUAGCACUUUGUUGCGAAUCAGUGGUAGAGGUAAAAGGAAAUAAACAAAUGCACUCAUGAUGCGUGUACACUUUAUACAACAAUGGUGUAUAUAUGUGAAAGAGAAGAGCUCUUGUUGAAGUUGUUGAGAAAUUUUGCUUGCUCUUCGUCACACAGGGGAGAUGGACAUCUCUGCCUGCAGCUACUGAAUUUGCUCUAAAUAUAGAUUUAAAUGUGGGAACCCUGCACGCUAUACAAAUACGACAUCAUAUUAACAAGAUAUCCAGCUCUCACAUUUCCCAAACAAAUCAUUGGCAACAUACUUUUUUGCGAGCAUGGCGCCCUCAGGCGUUUCCACAUCGAAUCUCGUGCAGAGAAGUAUAGGAGAGAAAUGUCAAAUUCGUGCGCGCCAAAAUAACAGCACUGCGCACCCAUACAAUUGACAUGAUAUGUUGAAUGUGAUACCCUGCGAUGGCGUUGCUGAACUGAAGAUUGAUUUCGCUCCAAACUGACAGGGUCUACAAAACAGAACAAACACUGAAAAUCAUUUCUACCUAUUUUUUUAGGAGAAAUCACUCAUUGUCGAGCUCUUCUAUAAGCUACCCAAAAUUAGGUCGUUAUUUACUCAAACUUUGAGUUGAUCGGUAAAAAUGGGUAUCGUGCUUUGUUAUGGCAUAACACUUGUACUAAACUUACAUGUACCUAAGUUUUGAGGUCUUCACCCGUUACCCAAAAUUGGGGAGAUGCACUUUAGUUGAUUUUGGGGGUUGCUUUCCUUCCUCUUCUUCCAUACCAGCACGUACUGAUGCGCACCGAUUUUGCAUCAUUUGGUAUGACAGUUUGAAAGUUUUGAUACUCAUUGCCCUAUAAUUUCGGAACCGGAAGUCCGACCUAGAUGAAAUUGCACAGUGUUUUUAAAGACACUGAGAGCUUACCUACUAUUACCGGUGCGUUCGGAAGUGGAAACCGGCACUGGUAGCCCCAUGUAGAUUUAUAUAUCCACCAACAAACAGGAUCUGCCAUCUAGAUGAAUUUACCAGUAAAUUUUAUAAAAAUGUGCACCAUCGCUUGUGAAAAAAUACUCACGAAAUAGAGAAUAUCUGUGAGGAAAUUUCCGAGAAAAUUGAAUGCGCAUUUUGUCAUAGAUUUGCACAUAUUGCCUUGUAAUUCCGGAACCGGAAGUAGAAUCGAGAUAAAAUUCAAUAGCGAUCUAUGGGACCGUAAGACAUUUCAUUUGAAUCCGAGUUUGUGAAAAUCGGUUUGGUAGUCUCUGUGAAUAUCGAGUGACAUUAUUUGUCACAUACACACACAUACAUAAAUACAUACAUACAUACACACAGAGAGAGAGAGAGAGAGAGAGAGAGAGAGAGAGAGAGAGAGAGAGAGAGAGAGAGAGAGAUCGAGGAUUGGAUCAAAAGUGUGUUGCAGUCGAUGGGGAGUACUAUUAAGCGGAUAAUUUUGAUUUUGAUGAAUAAUCUUGUAUUUUGAUUUUCUGAAUGAAUUCCGGGAACUUUUUAUUCAAGGUAGUAUACAGUUUUUUAUUCUCCACGUCUAGAAAUCAAAUAUCGAUAACUGGAUCAAGAUAGAAGGAAGACUCAUCACCUUUCACUACACCGUUGGCGCUCAUAAAGACUUCAGAGAUCCCUUCUUCUUUCAAAAUCGCUAACUCUUCCUUGAACCAAUUCCGAAUAUCGAAC